AUGGAGAAGCACUUGGUGCAGAAAAAGGCUACAGGGCUUUCCCUAUGCCUCGUGUUUAUGUGCUUCAUGUCCGUUCCUUUAUCUUUAGCUGGUGCUCCCACAGACCAGAUCUCUUCCUGUCUCACACUUCAUGACGUCCACAACUUCACCACAUUCCCCGACACUAGUAGCACGCCCGCUGACGACUAUUCCUAUUCCUAUUACAACAUGCUCAACUUUUCCAUCCAAAAUUUGCGCUUUGUGGCUCCCUCGAUUCCCAAGCCAAUUGCCAUCAUACUUCCUCACAAUGUAGCGCAAGUAACGAGCGCCGUCUUGUGCUCUAGAAAAGCCUCCUACAAAAUCAUAGUUAGGUCCGGCGGCCACAGCUAUGAGGGCACUUCCUCCAUUGCCACCCCGCCCUUUGUCAUCAUUGACAUGAUGAAUUUGAAGCAGAUCACCCUCGACUUGGAAUCCAAAACCGCUUGGGUCGAAGCAGGUGCAACACUUGGUGAGACCUACUAUGCCAUUGCGAAAGCAAGCAAUGUUCAUGCUUUCUCAGCAGGCUCUUGCCCGACUGUGGGUGUGGGCGGCCAUAUUGCCGGGGGUGGUUUUGGAUUGCUCUCCAGGAAGUAUGGACUUGCAGCUGAUAAUGUGGUGGAUGCCCUGCUUGUCGAUGCUAACGGGCAAUUAUUGGACCGACAUGGCAUGGGAGAGGAUGUCUUUUGGGCCAUCCGAGGUGGAGGUGGGGGUGUUUGGGGAAUUCUCUAUGCUUGGAAGAUCCAAUUGCUUAAAGUCCCACCCACCGUCACCACCUUUGUGGUGUCCCGACCAGGCACCUCAGACCAGGUUGCUAAGCUGGUCUACAAGUGGCAACAUGUUGCGCCUAACUUGAGAGAUGACUUUUAUCUCUCAUGUUUUGUUGGUGCCGGCUUGCCAGAAGCUACGUCUACUAUUGGAAUAUCAGCUACUUUCAAAGGCUUUUAUUUGGGAUCCAAGGCCGAUACGCUCUCCCACCUCGCCUGGGCCUUUCCAGAGUUGGGUGUCAUGGAAGACGAUUGUGCAGAAAUGAGUUGGAUUGAGUCCAUUGUGUUCUUCUCUGGCCUACCUCCAGAAAGCUCGGUGUUAGAGUUACAAAAUCGAUAUUUGCGAGACAAGAAAUACUUCAAAGCCAAAUCAGACUACGUGCGCACCCCAAUUUCCUAUGCAGGAAUAAGGGCUGCCAUAGACCUACUGGAGAAGCAGCCGAAAGGGUAUGUCAUCUUUGAUCCUUACGGAGGGAUCAUGGAUCGCAUAAGCAAUUAUUCUAUAGCCUUCCCACAUAGAAAAGGCAACCUGUACUCGAUUCAAUACCUGGUGGAAUGGCAACAGCAGGACGAUGAGAAAAGAAAUGACUACAUAAAUUGGAUAAGACAACUAUAUAACUCAAUGGCGCCCUAUGUCUCAUGGGGUCCGAGGGUUGCUUACGUCAACUACAUAGAUUUUGACCUCGGAGUGAUGCUUAAUUCUACCAUCGAUGACUUUGUGGAAAUUGCCAGGGUUUGGGGCGAGAAGUACUUUCUCGAUAACUUCGAUAGGUUGGUCAGAGCCAAAACCCUAAUAGAUCCUGACAAUGUUUUCAGUAAUCAACAAGGUAUUCCUCCAAUGACUUUGGUCAGUCUCAGAGCACAGGAAGUAGAGGCAUCUAGUUAUUUGUAA